UCUCUACCGUAAUGGCUCGUACCAAGCAGACCGCUCGCAAGUCCACGGGAGGCAAGGCCCCGCGCAAGCAGCUGGCGACCAAGGCCGCUCGCAAGAGCGCCCCGGCCACUGGCGGAGUGAAGAAGCCCCAUCGCUACAGGCCCGGAACCGUCGCCCUCCGCGAGAUCCGUCGCUACCAGAAGAGCACGGAGCUGCUCAUCCGCAAGCUGCCCUUCCAGCGCCUGGUGCGUGAGAUCGCCCAGGACUUCAAGACCGACCUGCGCUUCCAGAGCUCGGCUGUGAUGGCCCUGCAGGAGGCCAGCGAGGCCUACCUCGUCGGUCUCUUCGAGGACACCAACCUCUGCGCCAUCCACGCCAAGCGCGUCACCAUCAUGCCCAAGGACAUUCAGCUGGCUAGACGCAUCCGUGGAGAGCGUGCUUAAAUUCUAGCCCUUUCCCUUUCUUUUCAAAAAACAAUCGGCCCUUUUUAGGGCCACUAAAUAUUUCAAACGUUGGAAUUAAUUAUUAUGUGUAAGCUGAGUAAUAAUCGAAUGGUAUACAAUUAUCUCUACUUCAUUAUUCUUUACUUAUAAUUACUUCAAAGCCAAAAAAAAGUUUGUAACAGACCAUGUAACUGAUAUAGCACUUUGCUGUCAUACUACUUAAAUACAUUAAACUUUCCCUGAUACGAUAGCAAUUGCAACUAAAUUUGUCUGAUGGACUAUACUUAUGGACAUAAAAAUGGUAGCCACUACCAUAUAAGUGUGAUUACGUA